AUGGUUGGAAAGGAUCCACCAAACUCACGGAUUGAUGUCGACAAGUUUGACGGGAACGGAGAUUUCUCUCUUUGGAAGAUCAGAAUCAUGUCACACCUUAGGGUUCUUGGAUUGAAAGAUAUCAUGACUGAUCACAAGCUGGAAAAGUCGAUUGUAACAUCUGGUGGAGCUGGUGAUGCCGCGUGGACGACGACGGAGGUAGUUUCUGAUCCUGAAAAGAUUGAUAAAUCGGAAAGAGCUAUGGGGAUUAUCAUAGCGAACGUAGGAGAUCAUGUAUUGAGGAAGAUUAAGAAUACUGAAUCAGCUGCUGAGAUGUGGUCUUUGUUAGAUCGGUUGUACACAGAAACCUCUUUGCCAAACAGGAUUCAUCUGCAACUCAAAUUCUAUUCAUACCGAAUGGUGGAGUCUAAGAACGUCGAUGAGAAUGUCGAUGACUUCUUGAAAAUUGUUGCUGAGUUAAGCAGUUUGAAUGUCGAGGUUUCAGAUGAAGUUCAAGCCAUCUUGUUGUUAACUUCAUUGACUCCAAGCUUUGAUCAGUUAAAGCACACUCUCAAGUACGGAAGAGAGUCACUGUCUCUAGAGGAGGUUAUUUCAUCAGCAAGAUCUAGAGAAAGGGAGUUGUCAGAAAGUAACAAAGGCGAUAGGAACAUUGGAGCAAGCUUGUAUACGAAUGAAAGAGGAAGACAAACCUCUUGGGGACCUAAAGGCAAAAACGAUCGCAGUAGAAGCAGAUCAAAUUCGAAGACAAGGCUCACUUGCUGGUUUUGUAAGAAGGAAGGGCAUAUCAAGAAAGAUUGUUAUGCAAGGAAGAAGAAAUAUGGAGAUGACGCUCAAGGAGAAGCAGGGGUAAUCAUUGAGAAACUGGUGUACUCGGAAGCGUUGAGUGUGAAUGAUCAAGAUUCAAAGGAACAAUGGGUCAUUGAUUCAGGUUGUACUUAUCACAUGACAUCCAGGAGGGAUUGGUUCUCGGAAUUCAAUGAGAACGUGAGCACACUGAUUCUGCUUGGUGAUGAUCAUAUUGUUGAGACAAAAGGCUGUGGUUCAAUUAAGCUGAAGACAAAUGGUGGUUCAAUCAGGGUUCUAAACAACGUGAGAUAUGUUCCUAAUCUCAGAAGAAACUUGAUCUCUACUGGAACCUUGGAUAAGUUAGGAUAUACACAUGAAGGGAAAGACGGUGUAGUAAGCUUCUAUAAGAACAAGAAGUUUGCCCUUCGUGGAGUUCUUAAGAACGGUUUGUAUAUCUUAGAUGGAAGAACAGUAGUGAGUGAAAGCUGUAAUGCUGAGGUUACUAAGGCAAAGACAGAUUUGUGGCAUAGCAGGCUUGGCCACAUGAGUUUAAACAACAUGAAGAUUCUGUCUGGAAAAGGAUUGCUGGAGAAAAAUGAUGUUAAAGACCUAUCUUUCUGUGAAAAUUGCGUCAUGGGAAAGUCAAAGAAGCUGAGCUUCAACGUUGGGAAGCACAACACCAAGGAUGCUCUUGACUACGUGCACGCAGAUCUAUGGGGAUCACCAAACGUGACUCCAUCUCUCUCAGGUAAACAAUACUUCCUCUCCAUAAUUGAUGACAAAACAAGAAAAGUUUGGCUUAUGUUUCUCAAGACCAAGGACGAAACCUUUGACAAGUUCUGCGAUUGGAAAGAGUUGGUUGAAAAUCAGAUUAGCAAGAAGUUAAAGGUGUUGAGAACAGAUAAUGGAUUGAAGUUUUGCAAUUCAAGGUUUGAUGAGUAUUGCAAGAGACAUGGUAUUGAAAGACAUCGAACAUGUACCUACACACCGCAGCAAAAUGGUGUGGCUGAGAGAAUGAAUAGGACAGUCAUGGAGAAGGUCAGAUGUAUGCUUGAUGAAUCAGGACUUGGUGAGGCGUUUUGGGCAGAAGCAGCCUCGACAACUGCAUACUUGAUAAACCGGUCUCCAGCAUCAGCUAUUGAUCAUAAUGUGCCUGAGCAGUUAUGGUUGAACAAGAAGCCUGGGUAUAAGCAUCUGCGUCGUUUUGGAUCUGUGGCUUAUGUUCAUCAAGAUCAAGGGAAGCUAAAACCGAGAGCUUUAAAAGGUGUAUUCCUUGGCUAUCCUCCAGGCACUAAGGGAUACAAGAUCUGGCUACUUGAUGUUGAGAAGUGUGUGAUCAGCAGGAAUGUAAUAUUCCAUGAAGAUGUUGUUUACAAGGAUCUCAAGUCAGAAGACAAAGAAAAACAGGUCUCAAACACGCAUUCAAAUGCAAGGAGCUUUACUGAGUUGUUAUCUGAUAUUGAUAAAGAUAAGAUGAAGAACACUACAGACAUUGAUGUUGCAAAGAGUUCAGGAGCAGGUGGAGCUAUUUCAAGUAGCUCAAGUGACACAGAGUCAGAAGAUACUGCAGUUAAUGGAGGUACAAACGAAGACUUGAGCAACUAUCAGCUUGCAAGAGAUCGUAAGAGAAGACAGAUCGUUCCACCAGCAAAGUUCAAUGACUAUACAUAA